CCACCAAUUAUAAUGUAUUCAUUCAUCGAACAGACGCUCCAACCGGGUCCCGCUGUCUCGUUGAAGUGUUCAGCAGCCGGCAAUCCAACACCUCAGAUAAGCUGGGCCCUCGAUGGAUUUCCAUUGCCUACAAUAACCCGAUUCGUUAUCGGCCAGUACGUCACUGUCCAUGGGGAUGUGAUAUCACAUGUUAACAUCAGUCAGGUCAUGGUUGAGGAUGGUGGGGAGUACUCGUGUACUGUGGAAAAUAGGGCUGGGAAAGUCACACAUGCUGCGCGACUCAACGUUUAUGGUCUACCAUACAUCCGAAUCAUUCCGAAAGUAACAGCAGUAGCAGGUGAAACACUUCGUCUCAAGUGUCCCGUGGCGGGUUACCCGAUUGAAGAAAUUAAAUGGGAGCGCGGAGGUCGUGAGUUGCCAGACAAUCUGCGCCAGAAAGUCAUGCCAGAUGGUACACUGAUGGUAUCCAGCGUCCAAAAGGAGACAGACACUGGAACAUACACUUGCUGGGCAAGAAAUAAACAGGGGCACAGUGCCAGACGAUCCGGGGAUGUAACAGUCAUUGUACCCCCUAUAAUUGAGCCAUUUACCUUCCAAGAGGGACUUUCCGAGGGGAUGAGGACGCGCACGGUGUGCGGGGUCGCGGCGGGUGAUCCACCCCUCACAAUAUCCUGGCUAAAAGACGGUCAUACGCCAUUCCUAUUGUCCCAAAAAUCAGCAACUGAUACUAAUAUAUCCCAAUUGGAUCCUUACUCAAGCCUACUGAGCAUAUCAAUCCUAGCCGCUGAACACUCUGGUGACUAUACCUGCGUCGCCGCGAACCCCGCCGCCGAGGUCAGGUACACGGCCAAGCUUCAGGUAAAAGUGCCUCCGCAUUGGCUGGUGGAGCCGAUGGAUACGAGUGUUGAGAGGAAUAGACACGUUGCACUGCAUUGUCAAGCGCAAGGUGUACCAACACCUGUUAUUGUGUGGAAAAAAGCAAUCGGAGGUAAAUCCGGCGAGUACGAAGAACUGCGUGAAAGUUCUUACACAAAACUUUUGAAUAAUGGCACACUAGUCCUUCAGCACGUUAAAGAAGACAGAGAGGGCUACUACCUGUGUCAAGCUAGCAAUGGUAUUGGCACUGGCAUGGGCAAAGUGGUCCAACUUCGUGUCAACUCCUCACCAUAUUUUGCUGCUCCGUCAAGACUUGUCACUGUUAAGAAGGGCGACAUGGCGACGCUGCACUGUGAAGUUCAUGGCGAUAAGCCUGUCACUGUUUCUUGGCUAAAGGGUGGGAAAAUUGAAUUGAAUCCAUCCACAAAUUAUCGUGUGACAACAAAGACGGAAGUGAUACCAGACGGUGUGGAGGCGCAGUUACAAAUAUCCUCAGCGGAAGCAUCGGACAGUGGGGCAUACUUUUGCCAAGCAAGCAAUCUCUACGGAAGAGAUCAACAGUUGGUCCAAUUACUCGUGCAAGAGCCCCCCCAGCCACCGCACGCCCUGGAGACAGCAAUGAUUGCCCCCAGAAAUAUAAACAUCAAAUGGCAGCAUCGAGCCCAGGAUACACGUGAAGUAACCAAGUAUAUUCUUCAGUACAAAGAGGGAGAGAGUGGUAUGUGGCAACAGCAGGAAUUAACUGGAUCCCCAUUGCCACACGCAACUCUGAUUGAUGAUCUCAAGCCAGCAACGAGGUACACCAUUCGUAUAAUUGCCGAAGGACCAGCUGGUAGAUCCUCACCGUCAGCCGAAUUGGUCGUUCGUACGGAGCCCCAGAGACCAGCUGGACCUCCCAUAAACAUUGCUGCUCGUCCCAUUUCACCAACGGAAAUCCUCGUCACAUGGUCACCACCCCUCGCUGAAUUACGCCACGGGGACAUUCAGGGAUUCAACGUUGGAUUCAAAGAGUCCAGUGGUGGAAAUCCGUCGUACAACUUUACGUCGGUAUCUGGGGAUGGUGAGGAGGGUGGUGGUGAACUUCGUCUCACGGGACUCAGACCUUAUACCAGAUACACAAUUGUUGUUCAAGCUUACAAUCAAAUCGGCUCAGGACCACUAUCCGAACAACUACCCACGCAAACAUCAGAAGGCGUACCAAGCAAAGCACCAGACGAUGUUCGUUGUGCAGCACUGACGUCCCAAUCACUACAAAUUUCAUGGAAAUCACCACCAGCUGCUUUCGCCAACGGGAAUAUACAGGGUUACAAAUUGACUUAUGAACCAGUUAUGCCAGACUCCUGGAGUAGUAUCGAUGAGAUGGAAGUGAGGAAAACGGGAAGUAUGACGAUGACCCUUGCGGGUCUUCGAAAGUACACCAACUACAGUGUUCAGGUUCUCGCUUACACUCGUGUUGGUGACGGUGUGCCCUCCAGGUCCAUGUACUGUCGUACUAAGGAGGAUGUCCCAGGCAGCCCAGCGGAUAUUAAAGUCGUUGUGAGCUCACCCCAGGCACUUUUUAUCUCCUGGUUGCCACCAUUGGAACCUAAUGGCGAAAUUAACAAAUACAAUUUGUACUCCAGAAUCAUGGACGGCCGAGAGGAAUUGAACCACGGAAAGAGAGUCCUCGCCUCUACAAACACUUUCUUCGAGGUCACGGGACUCCAACAACACGUGGAGUACCAAUUCUGGGUGACUGCCAGUACCCGCGUUGGAGAGGGUCAGAGCUCGACAGUAGCUGCUGCAAUGCCCAAAAACCACGUGACUGCAAAAAUAACGUCAUUCGGAGGUCACAUCGUGAAACCGUGGCGUGGAUCCGUCUCGAUGGCGUGUCAUGCAGUGGGAGAUCCCGCUAGGGAGUGGUUCAAGGGUCUCUCUGAACAAGUUCAUUCUGAUACCAGCAGAAACAUCCAAAUUCUACAAACCGGAGAAUUGGUGCUGUCUAAUAUUCAAUUGCAGGAUAGUGGAAAUUACACGUGUCAGGUUGAAAAUUCAUUGGGGAGUGAUAGACUGCAUUAUAGUCUUAUUGUUCAAGUGCCACCGAGUGCUCCAGUCCUCUACGUCACCAGUUCCACCGCGACAAGUGUCCUUCUUCAUUGGAAAGCCGGAUACAAUGGGGGAUCGCCUACCACGGGAUACACUUUGCAUUACCGAACGACUCAUGGCAAUCUAGAUGAACUCCAAUUGCCUCGAAGAGCCACUAAUCAUGAAUUAAAGGGCCUUCUUUGUGGUAAUAUGUACCAUUUGUAUUUGACAUCUCAUAACAAAAUUGGAAGCAGUGCAGCAUCUCCAGUGCUCUCAGUACGAACGCAGGGACAACCACCUGGCAUUCCACCGGCUGCUGCAUUUUUAUCACCGAAUUCCACUACUCUAGCUUUACGUCUUUCCACGUGGCCUGACAACGGCUGUCCGAUUCAAUACUUCGUUAUUCAGUAUCGCCCCAUGGACGAAUUUCACUGGACACUGGUUUCUAAUAAUGUUACACCUCAGAAGAGAUUCCUGGUUACGAAUUUAUCACCUAGCACUGUUUAUCAGCUGAAAGUUGAGGCUUAUAACGUUGCGGGGAGCAAUCAGGCAGAGUUUAGUUUUGUCACGUUGACGAAGGACGGGGAUGCACCCCCACCAGAGUUGACAGAACGUGGAUCAGCGUCGGCAUUGCCAUUUUAUGCCGACGUCAAAGUUAUGAUUCCAAUGAUAAUUUCGAUGUUCGCUAUUUUUGCGGUAUUUGCUGGGGUAGCAUUGAGAUUGAAAAGUAGGCAUUUGGGGGACCGGCAGCAGCGGCCGAUGAAGGAGACCCAGGAGAAUCAGCAGAACGCCGAGACGCAGAGGGAGCGGUACUACGCGACGAUUCACAAGGUCGCUCUUCAGCAGGCUGCCAACGCCGGAGGUCCGGACAAGAUUCCAGAGACGGCGGAGGACAUCUCUCCGUACGCUACGUUCCAGCUUUCGGAAGGGGGAGGGGGAAGCCUGGCAGGGCUGGGAGGAUUGGGAGGACUUGGAGGUGCGGCCGAAGCGUCGGCAGCAGGUCUCCAUCCCAACAAUACUCUGCUACACAGCUUCAUGUACCACGAGCAUGCAAUGACGGAGGGGUGCGCGAGUCCACCGCCAGCGGUGACGAGUAUGAAGAGUGUGUCGUCACGACGACGCCAGCAGAGGAAGCAACAUACACACGGGGACGACAGUGACGAGAGCGAGUCUGACCCGGACCAACUGACUCGCUCGAGAACCGAGUCGUCCAACCAACUGGACGCCGGCAAACUAAAGCACAUUCGAGCUGUUUCGGAUUUCAUUUACCACGGCACGUCGAGCACUUCGUCAGAUAUAUCGCCAAUGUGCGAGCAGAAGUCGUUACCGAGACGAGGACGAUCCAGAUGGCACGUUCCCAGCAGGAGUUCCCUGAGGAUGCUGCUUCCCCCGAUGUCAGUGGCCGAGACGGCAUUUGUCAGUAAUCAAGGAAACAUACCUGGCAAUGGCGACAGGAAUGAUCGACAUGAAUUGAGCGAGGCCGAGUGCGAUAUUGAUUCACUGAAGAAGCCAAAACUCGGCCUCAGAAGUUCCCUGUGGUCGAGACCCGGUACACAGAACAAUCCAUCCUCGGAUUACUCCAUUGCAGUUUGAACGGUUACCAAUUUAAUAUGAGAAAAGAAACAACACCUCAAGUUACUUUGAAUAAUUUAAAGUCUCAACAUUCCAUGACGUACUUCUGAUACGUCCAUAUGACCCAACCCCUCACCAAGGAGCACUCGUCAUGACCAACUAUAUGUUGUUUAACCAUUUUUUGACUGACAAAUGAGCCUUUGGAGAUAAGUAUAGACUGACGUUAAUCAUCUAGAUACUGCCGAUACCACAGUCUUCCUUUCUCUCUUCCUCAAAUAUCAGGUCUAACACUAUGUUUUUCCUCUCUACCACUGCCAGAGCGUACGAAGACAUCUCCGAAGGCCUUGUAAACUUUCAUCUAUCACCAAUGAUUGAACCAAUAAUCAAUUGUAAAUAAUUUUUUGUAUGAGUUUUUGCACAUGACGAGGAGCACGAGUAAAUGCGACGAAUGACUGUGAUUGAAGAGUGCUUCUAGUCGAAAAAAGGAGAGGACUUAACACUGUGGAGAGUACCGUAAUGUAUUGAUGCAUGCCAAAGAUAAGUAAAUAAAUAAAAACCAAUGAAACAAAUCGAUAAUUUGCUCAGUACGCUUCGGACAGCCUCUCUGAAAGGUCUAAUCGAUAGCGAAUACCCAUCCGAGACCAAAAGACUUGACUAUUCGUACGGCUAAUUUGUGCAGCAUCAUUUCUCAGAGUCCAUCGGGCCAUAAAUGCAAAUUUACCAAUUAACACAGGAUUAUUAAAUUUCAAGAAAAAAAUGACGAUGAAGAAGUAAUUGUCAAAAAAAUGAAAAUUGAUAAAAAGUGGGUGUUUCGAUCGGCUUUUUUGUCAGUCAUUUUGACUUGAUGCCAAAAUGACGUUAAUUAUCAAACGAAGUUGGGCUCUGUUGCAUUAUAAAGUUUAUGAUACGUACGAAUACCACGUUGAUUAAUUUAAAUACGUUAUAAUUCUAAGACUUUUGAAAUGACAAGUUGCGCGCGAAUGGGCAAUUCAUGAUUUUUGUAUAUUUAACGAAUGGUGCAGAAAUUCAACCAAUACUAUGAAUAAAAUCAUCUUCACGUUGAGACGUGAUGCAAGAGCGAUGUAUAUAGGCAAGCAACGUCAAUCAAAUUAUCAUUUAAUUUUAAUGACCUUCGAGGUCAUUUAUACAAUAUACUUUAUAAAAAAAAUGAAAGUUCAGCUCCAUCAGGAGAAUAACUGUGUGAAGAAACAAAUUUUUGUACAUUUUUUCUUAUCGCGCGCUCCUUACAACCUUUUUUCUAACGUCGAACUAUACGCACAUCUUUCAGUUUCCUCCCUUUGGAGAAAAUUAAAUAAAAAAAUAUGAAUUCAUAGAAUUGGAUAAUGUCACGACCUUUGAACAGAGAAGAGUGCGUUUUUAAUUUUGUGAUGAUCGUGAAGGGGCUAUUAAUCAAAUGAAUGAUAAUUAUUAUGGUGUAAAUUAAAAAAAAAUGGAAAUGCAGAGAGAGAUGGAGCAAUAAAUGAAGUGUGAUGGAAGUGAGUUUCAUCGUGUUUUAUCGUCCCUGAAGGAAUCUAAGUAUGGACAAAGUUAUGUUAAUAUUAUCAGUGUACGAUGAAAGUCGUUUCAAGGCAUAAAUAUCGAUCGUAGAGUCGAUUAAAUAAAUUGAUAUCACG